AUGUCUGUCCCCGCCGAGUCCCAGAGCCCCAUGCGUAGGUUCCUCAAGGCCAUCGAGGUGCCCAUCGACAAAGACGCGGACUACCAGAAUGAUCACUGGACGAACAGGGACCUCAUCCCCAUGCCCGCCGAGCGGCGCACGUACGCCAUCUGGUCGUACUUUAUCUACUGGUGCAUCAGUGGCCUCUGCAUCUCCGCGUACACCAGCGGUAGUACCAUGUUGGCGUACGGCCUGACCGCCCAGCAGGCCAUCGGCGCGCUCGUCGUCGGCUCGGUGAUCACUGGUUUCUUGUCUAUCUCCUGCGGUUGGAUGGGCGAGAGGCACCACAUUGGCUUCACAGUCGCGUCGCGAUUCAGCUGGGGAAUGAGAGGAGCGUAUUUCCCGAUUCUUAUACGAUCUUUCACGACUAUCUUCUGGGACGGCCUUCAAGCAUACUGGGGAGGACAGGCAAUGGCUGUCACCAUUGGCGCCGUAAUCCCAGGCUUUGCUCACAUGAAACACACCCUGGCGGACGGCGCCCUCCUCACCAAGGACUUCGUCGGCAUGAUCAUCUACUACAUUUUCUUCAUCUCGAUCAUGCGCAUCCCGCCCGAGAAACUCCAGAGGCCGUUCAUCGUCUCCUCGAUCAUGUUUGCUGGCACCUUGAUCGGAUUACUCGCGUGGGCCGUGUCGAACACCCACAGCGCGGGCCCGCUGUUCACGCAGAAAGGCACUCCGGCGAACGGUAGCAUCGGAUGGGCUAUGAUGUUCGGCAUUACCUCCGUCCUCGGGUCCUGGGGCGGCGGAACGCUUGGCCAGAGCGACUGGACGCGCUACGCGAAUCGCCCAUAUGCUCCGACGCUUUCGCAACUCCUCGCCGCCCCGUUCUGCAUUAUUGUGUGCUCCAUCGUCGGGAUCAUCGUCACGUCGUGUGCGAAGGAGAUCACGGGAAGGCUCAUUUGGGAGCCGUUCCAGCUUCUUGCGGCUCUGCAGGAUUUCUAUCACGAUUCUUCUCGCGCCCGUGCAGGAGUGUUCUUCGCCGGCCUCGGCUGCGUCUGCGCACAGCUGGGCAUCAGCAUCGUGCUCAACUCCGUCAGCGCAGGCAUGGACUUGGCAGGCCUCUCACCGAAGUACAUGAACAUCCGGCGUGGGGCGUACCUCCUCGCCGCGCUCGGGCUCGCGUCGAACCCGUGGCAGUAUCUCUCUAACGCGUCGACGUUCCUGACAGUGCUCUCGGGCUUCGGCAUCUUCUUGGCACCAUUCACAGGGAUCUUGCUCUCGGACUACCUCGCUGUACGGCGGUGCGUGAUCAAGCUGGAGGACUGCUACAUCGGGAACAGCGACUCGAUCUACUGGUACUGGCACGGGUUCAACUGGCGCGCGCUCGUGGCGUGGGUGAUUGGCGUGUUCCCGACGAUGCCGGGGAUGAUCAUGACGGUGCGCAACCCGGCGGCGUACAACGGGUGGGUGCGGACGUUCCACAUCACGUUCCUUGUCGGCCUGUCGGUGUCGUUCACGGCGUUCUGGCUGAUCUGCUGGAUCUCGCCGCCGCCGGGCCUCGGCCUCGGCUUGAGUUAUCAUGACGAGGGAACGGCGAGCGUGGGCACUGGCAGUGUUGGAGACGAGAAGGAGAAGGUGGAUGCGGAGAUUGGGGUGUUGCCCGCGAAGAACUGA